AUAACAAUCACUGUUCGACGAACACUUGAGAAAAAAAAAGUAAUUGAGAAAAAUCGCAAGUGGAACUCACCUGGAAGAAAAGAAGUGUACAAGAGGAAAAGUUGAACGAUGAGCGACUGAGGUCUUCAACGUAAGUGAUAAAAAGUCUUUGAUUUUCGUCGAGUGCGAUCAUUGCUGACUGACGAGUCGCUCCGUGAAAAUAUAUAAAAUGACAGUGACAAUGAAUUUGGAAACACGACAACGAGCAUUCACCGAAUGGUGGAGCGAGGAAACGGAAUAUCUUUUUCAAAGAAUCGAACACUGGGCCGCUUGUGCAAAAGGAUAUAAUCGUCUUCGUUCGCAAAAAAUUCCCCGCAGUCAAACGACAAUGAAAGAGGAAAAUUCAUCAUCGUUAUCAUCUCGCUGGAGUAUCGCUGGCAAUAAACUCUUCAUUGAAGAAUCAUCAUUCAACCCUCGCCUUCAGCCUUUAAAUCGUUCUCAUGCUCGUCAAUUGCAACACGAGGAAUUAAAACUAAAUUGUUGUGGUACCUUGAAUUAUCGAUCAAAUGGAAAAUUAGACAGCAAUUGCCUCGAGACUUAUAGUUACGAUCAUAGUAUUUAUUUCAAGACAAUUGGCGAUUUAAAGAAGAGUCGUGAUUCAAGUCCUGCGAAACUCGAGAAAAAUCACUGCGAAAGAAGAGAUUCAGAAUCGAUCAAUGACGAAUUUGAACAUUACUCGAGAAUUAAUAAUCCAGACGAAAAUGCAAAUUACGAGGAGGAACAAGAAAAAGGGGAAAAUUCGAAUAAAAUCGGCAAAUAUCAACAAGUAGCGAGCGAUGAAAUUUGGCCAGGGGUUUUGGUGACCUAUAGGAAGAAUAUCGAUCCAACCUCAUCACCCCAUCGAUAUGUGGAAUCAGUGAGUGGGAGUGAUUGUUAUUUUCUUCCCGGGAUAUGAUUAAACAACGAGAAAUUUCUGACGAGAAUUUCUGACAAGUAUAAUAAUUCUCUAGAAUUAUUUCGAUACAAUUUUGAUCAAUCAAGAUCGAAGAAUUUUUUCAAGAAUUUCCACUUUUAUCAUCAAAAAAUAAAUGGCGGUAAAAAAAGACCCAUUUUUUUCGAA